CGUGUAAAACUAUACUCCAAGUUGUUGCUUUCGGGUCACAAGGAUCACCCGCACGUGAACUUGUGCAAUCACCGAAUCACCGCCGUGCGCGCACCAGGACGCUUUCUCUUCGGAUAGAGCUCGACAGGGAGUUGGGACUGCUCAACAUCGCCGUCCGAAAGGGAGACGAAGAAAGAGAGAGCUGGAGAGAGAGAGGAUAUGGACGGGAAGACAGGCAGAAAUCGUAGAAAAGCGUAACUACAUGCGCGCGUAACGCUUCUGCUGGCGUGUGUUAAGGCACAAAGCAGAUUGGAUUGGAUAAAUGUGAACAUACACUCUUUUUUUUUUUCUUCCUGGGCAUGUUUCUGCUGCCGGAGUGAGAUGUUUUGGGUCUAUUAUGGAAACACCGAAGGAUGAUUACUGGGCUGCAGAAAGGCUGGUCUGUGCGUUUUUAGGUCUGGAAAUGAUUGGAACUGAAUAUAUACUUCGCAGUUAACUUUGGGGACACGAUACAUGCAAAUGCGGUAGGUCACUCCAUAACUGCUGAACAUAGCAGACUCGCACUGCUGUAUUUUCCACAUUGUACGAUGUUCGCAGGGCUAUGUUAGACCCCACGAAGCUGAAAUGUGAUACAAGACUUUAGUUCGGUCGACACGAGAGCACAACUUGCCACAUUGAGCGGCUCUGUUCUUCGCGUUUAUAACCGUAUCAGUAACGCCUUUUUAAUGAAACUUUGUUAAGAAUGAAGAAAAGAAAAUCCCCUUAGCACGCGUUUUUUUUUUUUUUUUGGUUCUGGUUACAUCGCCGCCUCUAGUUGACGGAAUCUAUGGAAACGAGUUUCUAAAUCUUGUCUUAUUCCCACAAAUCCACUGCUCCUGUUCACAAGAAGACAGCAGAACAGGACAUGAUUUGGGAUGGGGAUAUAGAGCGGUAAUCUCUUGUUCAUUACGCGUAAAGUUGCAACUCAGAGUCAUUGAUUUUUGAGUUUUUUUCUUUUUUUUUUAAGUGAAUGGUUAAGACACCAGGCGCUGGCAGGGAACGGAUUGCCUUGCUUGCGUAUGCGCUGGGAAUCGCGGCGUUCAGCCCCCUGAACCAGUAAAAGUGAACACUGAUUGUGUGUGAGGAAACGCUCACGGGGGACCCAAAAGCCGAUAUGGAGGAGUGGAGACAAUGCGGGCGGUGGUUGAUAGACUGCAAGGUCCUGCCCCCGAACCACCGGGUCGUGUGGCCCUCUGCGGCCGUCUUCGACUUGGCACAGGCCCUACGGGACGGGGUGCUCCUGUGCCAGAUGUUGCACAAUCUCUCCCCGGGAUCUGUGGACCUAAAAGAGAUCAAUUUCAGACCCCAGAUGUCACAGUUUUUGUGUUUGAAGAACAUCCGGACAUUUCUCAAGGUGUGCCACGACAAGUUUGGCCUGCGCAACAGCGAGCUGUUUGACCCUUUCGACCUCUUCGAUGUCAGGGACUUUGGAAAGGUAAUCUCAGCUCUGUCAAGGAUCUCCCACCACAGCAUUGCACAGAUCAAAGGCAUCAGGCCCUUUCCAUCAGAGGACACAGCUCUGAAUGAGGAUGAUGUGUAUCGAAGUCUUGAAGAGCUUGCAGAUGAGCAUGACUUGGGUGAGGAUGACAUCUAUGAUUGUGUGCCGUGUGAGGAUGACGGGGACGACAUCUACGAGGACAUCAUUAAGGUGGAAGUACGACAACCCAUGAUCAGAUACAUGCAGAAAAUGGGCAUGUCAGAAGAUGACAAGAGAAAUUGCUGCUUAGUGGAGAUCCAGGAGACUGAGGCAAAGUACUACAAGACUCUGGAGGACAUUGAGAAGAAUUACAUGAUCCCCCUGAAGCAAGUUUUAAGCCCACAGGACAUGGAGGCUAUCUUCGUCAACCUUGAGGAUGUGAUCAAAGUCCACUUUGCCCUCCUGAGAGCCAUCGACCUGAACAUGGUCAGUGGAGGAAACGGCCUGGGGAAGAUCUUCCUCGACUUCAAGGAAAGGUUGCUGAUUUAUGGCCAGUACUGCAGCCACAUGGAAAAUGCCCAGAAGACACUGGAUGAGCUUAUAGCGACACGGGAGGAUGUCAAGAUGAAAGUAGAGGAAUGCACUAUGAAAGUCCAGGAAGGGAAGUUCAAGCUGCAGGAUCUGCUGGUGGUUCCCAUGCAGAGGGUCCUGAAGUAUCAUCUACUACUGAAGGAACUUUUGAGUCAUUCAACUGACCGACCAGAGAGACAGCAGCUCAAGGAGGCAUUGGAAGCUAUGCAGGACCUGGCUAUGUACAUCAAUGAGGUCAAAAGGGACAAUGAGACACUGAAGAAAAUCAGCGAAUUCCAAAGUUCAAUUGAGAACCUUCAGGUGAAACUGGAGGAGUACGGCAGGCCAAAGAUAGAUGGAGAACUGAAAGUGUCCUCUAUCGUCAACCGAACAAAACAGGACCGGUAUAUAUUCCUGUUUGACAAAGUGGUUAUUGUGUGCAAGAGGAAAGGCUAUAGCUAUGAGCUCAAAGAGAUUAUCGAGCUACAGUCAUAUAAAAUGUCUGAUGACCCCAUGAACAACAGGGACAUGAAAAAGUCGAGUGGAAAAAUGUGGUCUUAUGGUUUCUACCUGAUCCACCUGCAAGGGAAGCAGGGCUUCCAGUUCUUUUGUAAAACUGAGGAAACCAAGAGGAAGUGGAUGGAGCAGUUUGAGAUGGCCAUGUCCAACAUCAAGCCAGAGAGAGCCACAGCCAAUCAGCAUAACUUCCAGAUGCACACAUUUGAUAAGAACACCAACUGUCGAGCUUGCAAGAUGUUGUUGAGGGGUAUCUUCUAUCAGGGCUACUACUGUUCUCGUUGUGGAACAGGAGCACACAAGGAAUGCCUGGAAGUCAUCACCAUCUGCAAAAUCAAUCCCCAUGACUUGGAACCUGGGAUGUCAUCAGGUCCUAAGAUGGUGGCAGUGAGGAACUACCAUGGCACACCAGCCCCCCCAGGGAAGCCCCCGCUUUGUUUUCAGACAGGAGACUUUAUUGAGCUGCUGAAGGGAGACCCUGACACCUCCUGGUGGGAGGGAAAGCUCAUACAGACCCAAAAGAGUGGCUUCUUCCCCAGUUCAUGUGUAAAGCCCUGUUUGGAUCCCAAGCCUUUCCAGUCAUUCCCAAGCCGGCAGUCCUCAAGGGAAACAGACUACUAUGGAUAUCCCUGGUUUGCAGGGAACAUGGAGCGCCAGCAAGCAGACAACCUCUUAAAGUCCCACAGCAGUGGCACCUACCUGAUCAGAGAGAGAACGGCCGAAGCAGAGAGGUUCGCCAUCAGCAUCAAAUUCAAUGAUGAAGUGAAGCACAUAAAAGUCAUUGAGAAGGACAGCUGGAUUCACAUCACUGAGGCCAAGAAGUUUGAGAGUCUACUGGAGCUUGUUGAGUACUAUCAGUCCCAUUCACUGAAGGAAAGCUUCAAGUUGUUAGAUACCACGUUGCGUUACCCCUACAAGUCCAGAGAACGCUCGCUAACACGGGCCAGUACCCGCUCACCAGCCACCUGCGCCUCGUACAACUUCUCGUUUCUCAGCCCACAGGGUCUCAACUUCUCUUCUCAGAGCUCAGCUCCCUUUUGGUCAGUGUUCACUCCACGGGUUGUCAGCACAGCGGUAGCCAGGUAUAACUUUGCCGCGCGGGACAUGCGAGAGCUGUCACUGCGAGAAGGAGACAUUGUCAAGAUCUAUAGCAAGAUCGGUGGAGACCAGGGGUGGUGGAAGGGGGAGGCCAAUGGACGAAUUGGAUGGUUUCCCUCAACCUACGUGGAUGAAGAAGGAGGGCAGUAAGUCUCGGAUGUUGCCCCGGCUCCCUACAAAUCAGAACCCAUCUUCUAUCCACAGUCCUCAGAGAAAACUACUCGGGUCCCCAGGAAAACAACACAAGAAGAAAAAAAAAAAAGAACUUUUUUUGCUGGAUACUCACUUUUGCAGUGAGGAUUUUUACCCCGUUUCUCUAUCUUCAAGUAUGCAUCGGCUUUGCUUUUGUUUGUAAUUUUUUUUUUUUUUUUUUUUUGGGUAGGAUGUCCUGUUUGAUCUCUAUGUGGAAAAAAAAAUGGCUUGCUGUCUGUCAGCCUCUGUGUGCUCUGCCGAGGCUUUAAUGAACAGAGGGUGCUAUAGAGAGCACCAACACACCGCAGACACUGACUGUGGAUAGUUUUACAUUGGUAAGGCUCCCCUUUGUUGCGAGGGGAAAUAAAUGUACAGUAUAGAUAAUUUAUUGAAUAGAGAUACUAAUGAUUAUUGUGCGGAAGUAAAGUUGAUAUUAGUAACAGCUAAGAAUCAGAUGAAGAAAAAAAAAAAGAGAAAGUCAGACACGCUCUGUUUUCAUGCUGGGAGAUUUUUGCCUUAGUUGUCAUGGCAAUGCCUUGUGGGCUGACGCCAGUGGAGGGAAAAGACUUGAUGACUGGUUUUACUUUUUGUGUAUGCUUCUGCCCAUGUGCGUGCAAACACACACACACACACAAACACACACACACACACACACACACAUACAUCCUGACCAAUGUACAGUACAGUGCCUUUGAAAAAUGGUCAUUGCUCACAGAACCUCAACAUCAGCCAGUCAAGAACAUUGCCAUCCGCAAAUAACAGUCACUCCCCAGGCUAAGGAGACUACUAUGUAACACCUAGAGAAGGGGAAGGGCGCUUCUCUGACACACUUUGGGGUUAGCUCCCACUCUGAACCUUUGAAAGCACGACGGUGAAGCAUUUGAACUCCUCCCAACUGGAGACUGAAUGGACUCCCAUAGAAAACCACUGAAGGGUUUUGCAGCCAGACCACAACAAUCAGUUACCGAAUCACGAGUCUAUGGGUACUUGCAAUCAGCUGGAUGCAAAAGGGAAACAUCAGGAUAUUCCACGUAACAACCAUUUCACACUUCUGAAUCUUUGUGCUCAUUGUUUUAUGGUUUUAUUUUGCACAGAAUCAAAAUGUUUAUGUUUUGAUAACUGGACCAACACCUUUAUUAUUAGAAACCAAAUUCAACCAUAUUGUAAUGUCUGCAUGGGCUUCGGUCUUUUGUUAUGAUUUUGUACCUUGCCUUAUUUACAGUUGAUCAGGUGAUGGGUUUUUUUUUUUUUUUUUUUUUUUUUUUUGGAUGUUAAUCAUUUUUCAUAUGGGUGGCAUUUUGGUGCUGAGCAGGCUGGUGAAAUUAAACAGUUUCAGAAGGUUUCAACUCUGUCUGUGUGCUAAAAAAAAAAAAAAAAAAAAAAAAAAUGACAAAAGCUGCGGAAGGAACCCUAAAUAAUGCUGUGAUUAUUUAGGGGUGCAAUGCUUAAGUGUUUCCAUUUUACCUCCAGUAUUUACAUUCCUGUCAGAAUUGUAUUAGCUGUUUUGGACUACUUUGCCAACUCACAGUUUGUGUAGCACACAGACAGGGUCCUCUAACAGCGUCACUCUGCCAGCUUUCAUCACAUUUCACAUUGUGGGGGAUCAUAAGAAAAACAGAACAUGGUAAGUCACUGAGCAUAAAUGUACAGUCAGGAAAAAAAAAAAAAAA